AUGCCCCCAGCCAAAAGCGAUGACAAUAAUACACCCAUCGUCGUUAACGUUCUGCCAUUAUCUAAUGAACAGUACAAGGCAUCACUUGUUAUCUUGGGAAUUACCUGCGCUAGCUGUGUAUCAAUAAUUGAGAAAACCAUCAAAUCGCUUCCAUCAGUUGUCGCUGACUCGGUCUCUGUAAACCUUCUCACCGGAGACACUCGUUUUAUUUUCACCAGUUCAACUCUCACUUCAUCUGUAAUUAGAGAUACGGUUGAGAGCAUAGGAUACGAUGUGGAGUCAGUUACCGUUAGUCAGUCCGAACUCAAGCACAAGUCGCUUGCUACUUCGGUUUUCAGCAAAGUCAGCAAACCCAAGGAUGAAGUUGACUUGGCUCCUGUAACCACUCGACUGGCUAUCACUGGAAUGACAUGCGCUUCUUGUGUCAAGGUUGUUCAAGACACUUUGGAAAAAUUACCAGGUGUAUUAACAGCCACUGUCAACUUGUUACUAAAUGAAGCUUCAAUAGAACAUGAAUCAAAUCUGACUGGACCACGUGAUUUGAUAGAUGCAGUCGAGAAUGUUGGAUAUGAAGUCAAGUUAGUAGUAGCGCAAUCAAAUAGAAACUUGAUGCAAGAGAGGGCAAUGAAACAAACCCAGCUACUCAAAAAACGAUUUUUUCUUUCUCUCGUUGCCGCCAUCCCUACAUUCGUCAUAUCAAUGAUUAUAAUGAUGUGGUUACCAGACGGCAAUCCAAUUAAAGAGAAAUUUGGUACUCAAAUUGUACCCGGUUUGGAUGUGGCUACCGUUAUUAUGUUUGUAAUCGCCACCCCAGUUCAAUUUUACCUUGGUGCUCCAUUUUAUGCGAAAGCAUACAAGUCAAUACGCUAUGCUCAUGUGGCUAACAUGGAGACGCUUGUUGCUAUCGGAACAUCUGUCUCUUAUUUUGGUUCCAUCGUCUCUGUAAUUAUAGCAAUCUCUGAGAAACGUGGAAAUUCUCAAGUCUCCUUUUUCGAGACAUCUGUGUUUUUAAUCACGUUUAUAUGGCUGGGCAAAUUGAUGGAAGCCAUGGCCAAAGGGAAAACAUUCGAGAGUAUCACGAAAUUAAUGGAACUGCAACCAGAAAAGGCAACAUUAGUGGAGACACAAGAAAAUGGCGAGGAAACUGAAAAGGAGAUUGAUUGUGACUUGAUACAAGUCAACGAUAUUCUCAAGGUCAACGCUGGAGCAAAGUUUCCCUGCGACGGAGUAAUUAUUCGCGGUGUCGCUACUAUUGACGAAUCAAUGCUCACCGGUGAACCGAUUCCAGUCGUUAAAUCCGCAGAGGACCAGGUAUUCUCUGCAACACUCAAUCUCAACUCGACAACUUGGAUCCAAGCGACACACGUCGGAACAGACACCACGCUCGCCCGAAUUAUUACGCUUAUACAAGAAGCACAAGCGUCAAAAAAGGCACCGAUCGAAGUAUUAGCUGAUAAAAUAUCACAAUACUUUGUUCCGGUUGUGAUACUUAUUGCAACGAUUGACUUUUUAAUAUGGCUCAUACUCGGAGCGACCAAUGCGUUUCCCAAAGAAUGGAUACCGGAAAGUCAGGGUUAUCCGGUGUUUGCGUUAUUCUUUGGUAUUUCCGUAUUGGUAAUUGCAUGCCCGUGUGCAAUGGGAUUGGCAUCUCCGACUGCUAUAAUGGUCGGCACGGGAGUGGCAGCCAAAUUCGGAAUACUAAUUAAGGGAGGUGGAGAAGCGAUACAAAUGGCUAGCCGUGUUAACACCAUUGCGUUUGACAAGACUGGUACUCUAACACAUGGUAGACCGGCCGUCGUCAACUGUAGAUUAUUCAUUAAUGAUCGAGACAAGGUGCAACAAAGAAAACUUCUACUACACAUUAUCGGACUGGUCGAGACGGCGAGCAAUCAUCCACUCGCCCUCGCCGUUAGUGAAAUGACUGCUCGCAAACUUGACGAAGCGGGAGAAACCGAUAGCGACGUUGUAUUAGAUGAAGUAACAGAACUGCCUGGAAAAGGAUUGCAAGCCACUGUUAGAGUAACGUCUUCACUAUCGUCCACGCUUGUUCCGCGCAAACCAUCCGAGCGUGCUCAAACUACAAAGUAUAACAUUUGUAUCGGCAGUUACGAGUGGGUUAAAUCUGUUGGUUUUUGUUAUCCGCCCGGCUUGUCUGAAGAGGAUACAGCUGAUCAAAUCCAAGAAUGGCGUGAACAAGGGCAUUCCAUCGUCGUAGCCGGUGCCACCGUGGUCGGAUCGAGCGAUCGUUUGAUAGUUGCGCAAUUUGGAAUUGCCGACACUAUUCGCCCAGACGCCGCUCAUACGGUGAGUCGGUUAAAAGGUAUGGGGAUAGAAAUAUGGAUGAUUACCGGUGAUCAUCCUACGGCAGCCAACACUGUCGCCCAAAAACUAGGCAUCGAUAAUGUCAUUGCUCAAGUGACACCAGAGAACAAGGCGGAAAAGGUUAAAUGGCUUCAGCGACGGGUAAGGAUAGUCGAAUCUUUGAAAACUGUGGAAAAAAAGACGACAAGGGAACCCGAAGGUGAUCAUGUUUUUGACAAGACCACCGGCAACGAGAGGCCAGUUGUAGCCAUGAUUGGCGAUGGAAUUAACGAUUCGCCCGCGCUGGCUCAAGCCGAUCUCGGAAUAUCAAUCGCAUCUGGCACUGACAUUGCAAUCGAAUCGGCUUCCGUUAUCCUCGCUCGAUCUACGCUAAUGUCACUUGUUACAAUGAUACAGUUGUCGCGGGCGAUAAUUAAAAGAAUAAGAAUUAAUUUCAUGUGGGCGUUUUUGUACAAUACUAUAGCCAUUCCGGUAGCAGCCGGUGUAUUCUUUCCUAUGGACAAGAAGAGUUUACCGCCCGAAUUGGCUGGUUUGACAAUGGUUUGUAGUUCGGUUAGUGUCGUGUUGAGUAGUUUACUGUUGAGGAGAUUCAAAGAGAAACGAUAUCAAUAUUAA